AUGUGGGUCGAGUUUGGAUGUGUGGGAGCGAGUGCGGUGUUGUGGGGCAGCACGUUCGUGCCGACCAAGGAGUUUCCGGUGGGGGACGGGUUCUACUACCAGUGGAUCAUGGCCCUGGGCAUUUGGCUAGUGGGCCUCAUCGCCAACCUGGUCCUCGACUCGCCACCCUUCCAGCCCAUCGCCAUGCUCGGCGGUGUGGUCUGGGCCACCGGCAACCUCAUGACGGUGCCCAUCGUGCGACUCAUCGGCCUGGGCCAGGGCAUCCUCCUGUGGGGCACUGCGUGUCUGGUGAUGGGCUGGGCGUCGGGCGCGUUUGGCCUGUUCGGGCUGCACCAACAGACCGUGUCGUGGCCCGGGCUCAACUACAUCGGAGUCGCCACCGCCGUGCUGAGUGGCGUGUGCUUCGUGAUGAUCAAGCCCACCGAUGAAGGAGCCGCCCAGGGUGGCCCACCACACCCGGCAGACAGCGAAAGGCAGCAGGACCCGGAGGAGGCCAGGCCGCUGUUGCCGAGCAAGGCCCUUCUCGGACGUCUGCCGUCUGGGCUGCCAAAGUCACCCGCCGAGUCCCAGCACCUGCGCAGCCACCGGCGCGAGGAGAGCGAGAUGGCCAGCUUCGGCCUCAUGCUGCACGAAGAGACGGAGCCGGGAGAUGUGAUGUACCAGAGCAAGGCCAAGGAAGUCGCGGCUGGUGGUGACGGUGGCGGCGGUAGGCGGCCGAUGUCCCUGCGCCGGCGGUUCCUCCACUUCGUGCACAUGGAGGACCACGAGGACUUGCGACACGUGAUGAUGCACUACUUCCACCUUGACGCGCUCUCGCUGCGCAGCGCCGACGCCACCCGUAAGCACUGCCUGCCCGUCACCCUCUUCCACCUCGACACCAUGCCCUCCGCCCAGAAGCGCAUCCUCGGCGUGGUGAUGGCGCUGGCGGCCGGAGCCCUGUACGGUGUGGCGUUCAACCCCACGCAGUGGCUCAUCGACAACCGCCCCGACGGCCCACGGCAGGCCAUCUACUACCUCUACUCGCACAUAUGCGGGAUUCUGCUGACGAGCACGGCCUACUUCGUGGUCUACGGCGUGCUGACCCGCAACCACCCGCAGGUGUACCCGCAGGUCACCCUUCCCGCCAUCCUCUCCGGCGUGAUGUGGGCACUCGCUCAAUUGUGCUUCUUUGUGGCGACGACGGGCCUGGGGAUGGUGAUCACCAUGCCCAUCACGACCGUGGGUCCGGGCGUGGUGGCGUCGCUGUGGUCGGUCUUCGUCUUCCACGAGAUCCAGGGCCGACGCAACUACCUCACGCUCGUCGUCGCCAUCGGCGUGAGCGUGUGCGCCAUCGCCAUGAUCGCCCUCUCCUUCUAG